AUUCGAUUCAAGGACGCUGUGGGGCGCAAAUUCAGCUUCCCGUGGGCCAUCUGCAAGACGUGGAAGGGGAUGGAGACACUGAUCAAGCAGGCGUUCUUGCAUGUCGACCUGAUCGGCGAUCACGUACACCAAGGCCACUACGAUCUCACGGGACCCGACGGGGAGAUUAUCUUGCCGCAGAUUUGGGAUUCGAUGAUUCAGCCG